AUGUCCAAGAAGGAUGUGGCGUGUUUCUGGAUCGUACUGCUCCUGUGCCAAGAGCUACGGACCGACCCGAUCGCAGAGAUGGGACCAUCCUCCAGCAUCCUGAUUCAAGAGACACCAGGGUUCAUCUUAACAGAGAAGAGGAUCCUGACCCGACGUGUGUUCGUCAGCUUGGACCCCAAGAUUUCCAUCGAGAAGGCAUACAACAUUUCAUCGAUGCAGCUUCCUGAGUUACAGACUUGGUACCAGAUGCACCUCCAAAGAGCACAGGACCGUGUGCGAAACAUCUUGGAGCAAGCCCGGAAACCAUUUGUAUCCAGUUCUAUUCCGAUGAGCAACCGACCCAAAAGGUUCCUCACCGCUAUAAUUGUUGCAUUAGUUUGUGGCACUGUCGGUGCAGUUGUCGCAACUGGAAUGUCUGCAGCCAACUCUAUUACUGUACAAAAGCUGGAUAUGGAAAUCUAUGCGCUAAAGCAACACAUUAACGAUAUUCAUCAGGUGAUACAACAGCAAAGAACACUUCUCCAAGACGUGCUAACUAUUGUGGAAGACACAGUUGUUACAACAAAUUUGCAUUCGGAAUUAAUUGCCAAAUCCACUGAGUUGCACCAAAGUCAUGACUUAUUUAAGCGUGAACUUCUAUUUCUGCAUGACCCAAUAUUGUUCCACACACUUACUUUUCUUGACGAAGUGCAAACUGGAAUGAUUGAAUUGGCAGGGGGACGCAUACCUCUGUAUUUUGUAUCCAAGGAUAUUGUUCAUGCGAUGCUUGCCAAUGUGGAUGGAGAGACAAUUGAGCCUAUGCAAUUAAAUCUGGCCUUUGAGAUGGGGAGCGCUAUACCUCUCUUAAUUGAUCCGGAACGUAUGGAGAUUUGCUUUUUAUUGGCCAUACCAUAUGUAACUCCCAAAAACAUUUUUCAAAUGAAAACAAUCUACAAUGUCGGUACAUGGAAGGAAAAUAUCCACGUAAAAGUCCAAACCCCAGAUGUUUUGGCUUUUCAACCAUGGGUACCAGAUUGGUAUUCUAUACCCAUUUUGAAUGACUGUGAGAAAUUCAAAGACAAAAAUUUCCAAUGUGAUGGAAAACCUUUUGUGUACGAUUCUACCAAUGCUUUGUGUGGGAUCGAGUACCUUAAACAUGGCUCUGAAACAUGUCAAGUAACUAUGUCAAAAACUGACAGUAAUGCGUUAGUACAUGCUAUCUUAGUAAAAGAUAAAUGGUUGGUAAGCACGUGUCUUAAAAACAUAAGUGUUUUUCGCAGGGACCAGGUGACUAAUAAAGUAAUUGCCUUACCAGCACCUGUUUCACUGAUCAAGGUACCCCACGACUCUCGUAUCACCAUCGGUGACAUUACGCUAUACCCAGUGUACACUGACGUCAUCGAAAGUGCUAUUGAGAUGGUGGAUCCCUUCCAGAAUCUAGAUAUCCCUCUAGAUUCUAAUCUAAAAUUCUUGCUGGACCACAAGCCCAACCACACUAUCCAAAUGUCAAUCAGAAAAGAUAACAUUUCUGUGGAUACAUUUAAAUACUCUGAGCUAGAUACUGACCUUAUUGCUCGUGUUGACUGGUUCAUCCAUGUUAAGAUUGUUUUUGGGUGUACUAUGAUAAUAAUGAUAUUAUGGUUGAUUGUACUAAGUGUAAAGUUCAAAACUUUUACAGGUACAAACAUAUACAAAAAUGUUCAUUCCACGCACGGGCCUAUGUUAGAAAUGAUGUGAUUGCACAAUAUGUCUGGUAACUUCUAUAGUGCUUAUUCAUAAGCUAAAUUAAUUUUGGCUACGAAAUGCACUAAAGGGGGAUUAUGUCAGAGUAUUUAUAUCGGCAGACAUCUUGUGCUAUGAUAGAAAUUAAAAGUGUAUAUUCUGAGUCACUCUGAACAGACCAGACUCCAUUUUGUUAUUUUCAAGUUAACAAAAAGACACAAGAUUUCUUUCUGUAAGACUAGCCACUUUGCCAGAGCUAAAGGAAUGCAUAGUAUAAACAAGUGAUAAGAAGAAUAUAAUCAAUUCUAAACCCAGACAAUUGUGACAGAGAAGAUUAAAUAAUAAAAUUUAACUGUCUAUACAUAUAAGGUCCCAUUGUAAGUUAUGGGUCAAAACUCAGAUUGCCAGACACAUAGUCUGGACAAAACUUAAAUAAACCCUUUGAUCUGUGAAGGAUACGUUAGUUAUGGCCACUAUCUAGAUAGGCCAAAAUGACGUCAAAAUAGCCACCAGGAAAAGUUAACUCUUUCCUGGAUAGGUAUGUUUAGUGGGACAAGACUGCCCUCUAUAGACCAAAUACCUAAAUUGUGAUCUGGAAGAUAACCACACCUCUAGUGCUUCUAUUGGGUUAUCAACUGAUGACGUACAGAGAGUCUGGCCCUUUAAAAGUUAAGACAAAGGGAAGAUAGAGAUAGGCAGAGAUAUGCAAAGGAGAGGAGAGAGGAAUUGGAAGUUUGGGGAUUCCAACUCGGACAACAUCUGAGACUAACACUCUACUCCUAAAACUCUAACACUUAGAAUUUACUGACUUUCUAACCAACACCUCCAUGCAGAGAGACAUCCAAAUAAGUUCCUGAGACUAUCUACCAAUCGGAUGAAAUAUCUACUCAACUGGUAAUUAUACUGGUUUCAUUUAAUUAAUUAAAUUAAUUAAAAUGAAUUAAUAGCAUUAUAUAUGACUGGAUAAAGCACGGUCAGAUUUCCAUAUUAAGAAAUCUUAGUUAACUAAGAAUAUAUAGUUAUAAACAUUCCAUUCUGCAGGUGGAAUUAAGAAUAAUUAUAUAUCAAUGUGAUAUUAUCACGUGUUAGCAUACCGCUGUUUUUAUCCAGGUGUAUUGAUUUGCUCUAAAUUAAGAUAGAUAUCUUUUAGACAAAUUAAAAACAAAGUCUGCUUAUAUAAUUAUGGUAGAUUCUCUUAUUGGAUGGUUCCAGGAAAUGACUAAUGAACUGGUUUCAAUGUUAUUUUAUUUAAAAAUUACAUAAGAAUAGAUCUUAAUUACCUAGGAGAUCUAGCCAGCAUUGAAAGGGUUAUUCUAACUGUCAGCUAAACUUUACGACCUUACGCUGCACUCUGAGGAAUUCUGUUCUUCUGUGAAAAGUUUCACUUUCAGUCUGUGUUAAAGAUAGUCAUAAAUAAAGUCUUGACAGGAAAUGCUAUUUAGCCAUUGAAACGUAAUACCCAUUCCUUUGUAUUGCAUAUCAUUUUGUACUGGAUAUUCAUUGAUUAUUGUCAUGCAUGUUGCAUAAUAUUUUUAUUAAUUAAUUUGUCAUUAUAAAUAAAAAUCUAUUUUUAUACAUUGUGAUAUUAUUAUAUGAAAUACUUCUCACUUACGAUAAACGUUCUUUGGGAUCUGAGAAUUGAAUUAGUGGGCAAUUCUCACUGUUACUAUUAUUAUCCCAUAAAUAUCCCCACAAUGUUCUCAUCUGGCCCCAUUACAGUCUAAAAUGAUUGAGGUGGUAAAGGCUCAUCUUCCUGUUUGCUCGCACCUGCGAUGUCUUCCCCCUCUGUUAGUCCUAACAUUGGCUUCCCGUAAGAUAUAAGGCUCAAUUUAAAAUUCUGGUGCCUGCUUACAGGUCUCUACAUAAUGCUGCUCCUACCUACCUAUCCUCACUGAUACACAAGUAUGUCCCAUCCAGGCCCUUACGCUCUGCGUCUAUUCGUACUCGCACCGGACACUUGACUUCAAGACUUUUCUAGUGAUGCAACGUUCCAAUGUAACUCCCUUCCCUGCUCCGUUAGACUCUCACCCAGUCUCAGUUCUUUAAAAAGAUCAUUACAAAUAACUUAUGUAUGAAAUAGGAAUUAAAACCCUAAUUAAAUUCCUGUAUGCAGUGUUUACUUUGAGUGCUGCAAAUAGAGCAACAAUUCUGCCCCAGCUGAUAGAGGGGAGUCCGGUGUUCCCCUGUUACUAG